CUUUGAAAUCACCCACCUCUAAACGGGACCUAGGCGGCUUCCGUAGGAGUGCGAGUGGUUGGAGUGUGACGCAGAAGCGCUGAACGGGCAGAACAUUUCUACUGUCAAGAUGGCGACAUCGGAGCCGAAAGCAGCUGAAACUGAAGAUCAACCGACCGACAGCCAAGUCGUUGCAAAUCCUGAGCAGUAUAUCAAGCACCCCUUGCAAAACAGAUGGGCCCUGUGGUAUUUCAAAAAUGACAAGAGCAAAAGCUGGACAGAGAACCUGCGUCUCAUUUCCAAGUUUGACACAGUGGAGGACUUUUGGGCAUUAUACAACCACAUACAGCAACCAAGCAAACUUGGCUUUGGCUGUGAUUAUUGUUUAUUUAAGGAUGGGAUCAAGCCGAUGUGGGAGGACGACAGGAACAAGCUGGGGGGUCGAUGGCUGAUGACUCUCAAUAAACAACAGAGACACAACGACCUUGACCGCUUCUGGAUGGAGACGCUCUUGUGUUUAGUGGGUGAGUCGUUCGAUGAGGCAAGCGAAGAUGUGUGUGGAGCCGUGGUCAACGUCAGACCCAAAGGUGACAAAAUAGCCAUCUGGACAAGCAACUGCCAAAACAGGGACGCCAUUAUGACGAUAGGGCAAAAUUAUAAAGAGCGCCUGAACAUCCCCACCAAAGCCAUGAUCGGCUACCAGUCACAUGACGACACAUCCAGCAAGAGUGGAUCCACCACCAAGAACAUGUACUCCGUUUGAACCCCCCCUCCCCCUCAAGUCGCUGUAGAUUUAAACAAUUACCAAACCGCAUCAUCACAAUAAUAAUUUUUGAGUUGUCAACUAUUGUAGUGUCUUUUCCUUUUAUUAAAGACAGAUUUGUUCAUAGUGUGUACAGUUGGAGCUCCCCCCCCAACGUGAGAAAUUAGUAACACAUAGGGAGAAAAAGGAGAAGAGUAUUUGGCUCAAGAUGUCAGAAGUGAGCAAGAGAACACAAAUGAUUUACUUUUAGAGUUGAAGAUUUCUGUGAUUAAUACCGGUGACCUCCCCUAGCUUAGCUAAGAAAGAGCUUUUUUUUUCAGUAAUAAAUGGCUUGGAGUUGAAAAGGAAACUUAACUAUUCAGCCUUGUGUUUUUUUUCUCAUGCCGAGUUCUCACUCCUUUACAGAAAGUGUUUCUCACCUCACAGGAAAAGAUGCUAGGCAACUUAUUGUUUGACAGAACAAAUUUUAAGGGCAAUUUUAACUUGAUUUAUCCACAAGUGUUAAGCAUGAAUUAUCUACAGUAUCUUAAAGGUGUGUGAAAGCCGUGGCCGCACCCCAACAUGUAGGGUUUGGAUUUAAGGCCACUCGUUGUUUCAGCGAUGCUGGAAUUGUGGAAUAUUGCUUGUAGUACCUUUAUGAACCUUUUUCUUCCCCUUACAUUUAUUUAUAAUGUAUGCAUUGCAGUUGAACUUCUUAGUUGAAAGACAACCAUGAAACUUGUGUUUUUUUUUUUCAAAUUGUUAUUUUUUUUCUUCUCUUUUUUGUUAUUAAAGUUAACAAUGUGGACUACUGCAUAUAGAUGACAUUUUUUACAGUGUACCAUACAGUAAAGAUGCUGACAGAAUUAGGUGUGCUUUUCACUGUCUUCUUCCUAACACAAACUGUAGAUAAUGUCACACUCCUCUCUUGGUUGAUGCAAAGGAAAGAUGAUAUUCAUUGUGAAAUGAUUUUGCUCAUAAUGUAUCUUUAUUAUCUGUAAUUCCAGGAUGUAUAUUACCUUCUUUCAAGUAAAGGUUAAGUGCUUUGCAUUAAAACCAGAACCUCA